AUGCACUCGAGAUUCGUUGCUUGUACCCUGUUUCACCUGUUUUAUUGUAUCCUUGCGACUCCUAUCGCCCAUCAAAGGCGCCAAGAGCAAAACGUUUACCCUCAAGGAGCCUCGGAUGCUGUCGUUUUAGACUUACCAACUGCCGUCGCAACGCCAUCUCCGAAAGCAUCGGGUAGUCUCUAUGGGACUGAAGCCUUGCUUGGUGAUGAUGGGAAUCCGGUCCAAGGCUCAGCAAUAGUGCAAAACUUUCAGCUUGUGCCAGAUCAGCUUGAGGAUCCAACCCAGGGUCUCGAGCUAGAAUUCAACUCUGUCGAUAAACCUCAGCCCAUUCGUGGUUCGAAUGGCCGGAGCGGAGCCACAGAUCCUGGACCUGAUACAAGCCGCUAUGACCGCCUGAACAGCGAUGUAUUUGCCUCCCCAGGCACGGACACCGGUGGCGUCGCCAAUGCGCAGUGGCCAUUGGGCCUGUCUCACAAUCGUCUCGGAUUGAGCGGUGCAGGAUGGGCUCGGCAACAAAAUGCAGAUGUGCUUCCAGCUGCAAGCGAAAUGGCUGGUGUAGAUAUGCGUCUUUCCCCAAAUGCUUAUCGUGAGCUACAUUGGCACCAAGCCGGAGAAUGGGCGUAUAUGUUCAAUGGGAGUGCGCGUGUCGCCCUCGUCAACGAGGCAGGGCAGUCGUAUAUCGAUGACAUCAACGCAGGCGACGUCUGGUACUUCCCGCCAGGAGUACCGCACUCCAUUCAGGCGUUGGAGAAUGGUUGCGAGUUCUUGCUCAUUUUUGACAAUGGGUUCUUUUCCGAGGAAGACACCUCUUUAGUGACUGAGAUGUUUCUACGCAAUCCUAGAUCAGUCAUGGCGAAGAAUUUGCAAGCAGAUAUCUCUCUGCUGGACAACAUUCCAAAGGACCAGCUUUAUAUUUUUCCUGGUGAAGCAGCUCCUUUGAACAUUUCAGAACAGAACAUUACUGGUCCUGCGGGUCCUGUCAAUCAGCCGGACACUCAGUAUACCUAUCAUUUCUCCCAACAAGAGCCUCUGAUUAUUCCUGGCGCUGGAUUGGUGAAAAUAUUUGACCCGACCACCUUCCCAGCUGCAGCCGAUAUCAGUGCGGCCCUCGUUACGAUUCGCCCAGGUGCCAUGCGUGAACUACAUUGGCACCCACAAAGCGAUGAGUGGAACUUCUUUUUGACGGGUACCGCACGCAUCACAGUCUACCAGGCACCAUCGAGCUCAAAGACAUUCGAUUACGGUCCUGGGGAUGUGGGAUACAUUCCUAUGACUUUUAGCCAUUACAUUGAGAAUACCGGUAGUGAAGACGUUGUCUUGCUGGAGGUCCUCAAAGCGCCCCAUUUUACCGAUAUUUCGGUUGCGCAGUGGCUUGGACUUACACCAAAGCAAGUCGUGAAGGACACCUUGAACUUGCCUGAGCAGGUACUCGAAAACCUACCGAAGUAUAAGCCUUACCUCAUCAGCGGACCUACGAACUUGACCGACACGAACUACACCAAGGCAUUCUAA